AUGGAUGUCGAUUCGUUCCCGACGAUAGAAAAGAUGACACCCCCUGCGUCGACGUGGAUGUCAAGAACACCGCGCAUACCAGAAUGCGCUAGAGCUGGGCUCGAGGUGACAAUCGUUACACACACCGCUCAGGAUUCUUCUCAAACCUGCUCUGAAAAUGGCCACGGCGUUGCGGGGUUGAGUGUUGGCCCAGAUUCGUACUUCGAAAACCCUCAAAUCGCUAAUGUUGGGGAACGUCGCCGUUCUACAAGUCCUGAAGUACCUGAUUCUGCCAGCACUUGUGACUUACCGUCCUGCGCGACACAGAAGAUUGUAGCGGACAACUCUGCGAAUGAGCUCUGUAGGGAUAACCAGGACAACUUGGUCACUCUCGGUGCUGACGCUUCCCCACCUCCUACAUCAUCACAACGCUUGACUGAUGCAACAGUGUUGGCCUCAACAGCUGGGUCGUAUGAUGAUGAACAAGUCCCACGAAGCCUGCCAAAGGCUCGCGACGAGACGACGAUCGAAACAUCUGUUGCUGCUGCCGCCAACGAACUUCCAGAAGCAGUCUCCUCAAAAAGCCAUGACACAGCCCCGUUCGUCCCUGACAUCGCUCUCGAAGGAUCUCUUGAGGACGUCUCGGGUGAAGCCACCUCCAAUGUGUCGAGUGAAGCCGGGGCUAUCACCGAGACACUUGGGGAAGCCAUUCUGACUGGCGAGCCCGUUGGCGCGCGCGAGUGGGACCCAGAUGCUUUGACUAAUCCUACCACACCUCUUCAACCACAUGCUGAGCCAGCCCAAACAGCUUCUGUAAUCUCUCCCGCCUCGCUUGCAGAAACCCCAGGGGCAAAGAGGAUUCCGGAUGAGAGCGCACACUCUCCCACACCUCCUUCCUAUUCGCAAGAUGUGCUGUCAACGCCCGACCUGCUGGCUCGAGCACAGGAUGAAGUAGACACAGAAGUGUCAACAGAGCUGUCUGAGCCCGAUCGGAAUGCCAUGCCUUUAGUCGAAGGUCUCGAUGCACCAUUGCCUUCUGCCUCUGCUAUCGCGCAAAGGAAGAUCAGCCCUAACGUGCCAGCCUCACGUGACACUGACAUGGCUGAAAAGCCGUCGCCACUUGAUUUACCAGAUGCGAUGUCGCCAAUUUCGUCCUUGGCUGACAGAAGUGAGACUCCUCGUCCGAAAAUGCUCCAUAGCGGUGAUCCGGAUCAAACAGGGGUCCCUGUGGCACCAUCGCCGUCACCACUACAAGACGUGACUCUGCUUCAAAUGCCGGAAUCACUGACCUCGGAUCUUUCGCAGAUCGAGGUGGCACUGGGGAAGGGACUAGAACUAUCUCUCACUGACGCGACAGACGAAGUACCAGCCGCGGACCGCGUCAGCACUCCCAAUGCUGCGCCGCAAGCCGCGAGCUCAAUGGCAGAAGACAGUGAUCCCAUUAGCGACGAUGAGCUUUCGUCGCCGCUGAUGCGCAAGAAUGCACACCAGAACUCCCGCAAGCGGUUUCCAUGGCCCGCGACGUGCUCGUCCCCGAGAGAACACAUUGGUCGAAAGACCAUCGCGAAGGGCGUUGCAAGGACAGAACCCCGACCGGAACAUACCAUUCGUAUCAGUUACGCGACGUUCGGGCUGGAUUCGUCGCAGCUCAUCAUCACGUACGAAUCUCAUCCCGUCCACCCGCUGGCGCUGUACAUGGGGUCAACUGCAAGGGAUCAAGCAGAAUUGACGCAAGCUCGGAUCAAGAAGCUGGACAGCACAAGAUCGGAGCUACUGGACUAUCCACCCAUGGCGGGCAACAGUGAGGCAGACCACAAAGAUGCCAAUCUCAUACGGAGGCUCUGUCUUUCACCUUUGAGGGACGAAGAUACUCCACGAUUAGUGGACGCUGUGAAAGCACUGCGUCGUCGGAGCGAGGUCGCAGAAGAUGAAGUGAAUCUCUUCCGCUGCUUGGAAAGCCUGAUGGUCAUGGUUACGCAGCAAUACAACGAGGAAGAAGUGGGUGUCACCGCUGAAGUUCGGCUUAGCUAUGUUUUCAUGGGAGUGAGUGGCUAG